UAAUGAGCAAAGUUGCGCCGAAUGAGCGCAUGUCGCAAAUCUUACCCACAGUCAAAUGUUCUGACUGUGGGCGCGAUGUUCACAUUCGUCGCUUAGGCGAUCAUCUCUGUUCAAGUGCACCACCCCUUCCAACCUUACCGAUCAUUCCCAUCUUCCGUAAUGACCAGUCCAAGCCAGGACCCAUCAAAAGCCCUGCCAAGAGUCCCCCUCCAUCUUCUCCCUUGAGCAGCCCAAACAACUUUAAAUACGACAAUAAUUAUGGAAAUAACUAUAGUAGCGAAAUGGUUGGAUCUGUCACUCCGCCAUAUUACCCUGGAAUGGCCAGAGACCUUCGCAGACCUUCAGCAUAUGAAGACACCCAUCAACGUACACAGCAACCUCUUAGAGCAAGAUCACCGCUAGAUAAUUACCAUGAUGAUGGAUCUGGAAAUUACAGACCAAAUAAUACUAGUAAUACCAGUAUUAACAGUCUGCGUGCUGGGAAUCUUCCUAAUCAAAAUCCAGGCAGUCUAUCAUCCCACUACAAUAAUUCUUUGCCUUAUGAUCAACGGAAUAACAACCAAUCUCCAGUUCGUACUGAGGAUAAUUCACCCAAAAGUCCGCCUUUUAGAUCAGAUCCUUCUCGGAGUAACAACGGAUCAAGAGAUGAUAUUGGGUCUGGAUACCACGGCGAUGAUCGUUAUAAACCAGGUGAGCCUUUGUCGCCUCGUACUCGCAAGGAAUCUUUGGGAAAUAUUCUGUCUGGCAAUAAAAACAAAUCUGGAAGUGUAAAGGCAGGAGGCGGUGCACUGGAUUCGCUUAUGGCCGAUCUGAUGAACAGUAUGCAGGAUAUCAAUGAUGAUGAGGGCAUAGGUGCCACCGGUACCGACAAUAGCUGUUCAGCAUGCCAUGAGGAGUUUGAUUACCGAGACGAUGUGACUACUGUGGGUAACAAGGCAAGUGAGAAUUACCUCUAUUAUCACAGGCCGUGCUUCCAAUGUCGACUCUGUAGGACUCCUCUUGAUCCUCAUCAAAAUACAUUUGAACAUGAAGGCAACCUUUACUGUGAACGCGAUUAUAAUGUAGUCAAACACAGAGUUGCUUGUGCGGCAUGUGAUCGCCCUAUUCAACCUGGUACAAAAUCCAUUAAAGCGCUUGGGAAGUACUACCAUCCCGGGCAUCUCAAAUGUUAUCAUUGUUAUGAGCCGGUUGACGAGAAAACAGGCUGUAAAGAACACCAAGGGCGUGUGUACUGUCGAGCGGAUUUCAAGACUUUAUUUUUACCAAAGUGCAGAGGCUGUAAUAAGCCAGUUGAAAAGGAGGCUGUGUCGGCUUUGGACGGUAAACUUCAAGGAAAAUGGCAUUUGGACUGCUUUGGAUGCCAUACCUGCCACAGACCUUUUCCGGAUAAUACAUUUUAUGUCUUUGAGAACGCACCUUACUGCAAAAGACACUACCAUCAAUUGAAUAACUCACUUUGCAGAACAUGCGAUGACCCAAUCGAAGGUCCAUGUGCACAAACUAUUGAGAACUGGAGAUUCCAUCCUCCUUGUUUCCGAUGUCAUAUGUAUAUUAUAUGCUGGAGAGGCACAUAUACUGCGAAGAGCACAUCCAACAACUACAACGACAGCGUAAUAUCCGUGCUGAGAAGCGACGAACCCAGUUUGGUCAAGUAUAAUAACAUCAACAUUAACAUCAACAUCAACAUCACCAACAAAAUGUGA